AUGAGCCGCAGGAACAACAACAGGAAGCUGAAGCUGGAGCUGAAGCUCAACAUAUCGCCACCAAGGGGUGGUGGUAGCAACAGCAACAGCAACCGCCUGAGAUUGGAGUCGUCGCCGAGCCGGUCAGCCACGGUGUCACCGACUUCCCCACCGAGCUCCUGCGUGUCGUCGGAGCUGAACCAGCAGGACUCCGACGGUGGGUUGAGGUAUUCCAACAGCCCCGAAGCGACUUCCAUGGUGCUCGUGGGUUGUCCUAGGUGCCUUAUGUACGUGAUGCUCUCCCAGGAUGAUCCCAAGUGCCCCAAGUGCAAGAGCACCGUCUUGCUCGACUUCCUCCAUCACAACAACAACUGCAACAUCAGGGGAAACAAGUGA